AUGAAUUUUAUUUUUUUAUUUUUCAUAUAUCUCAUAUUAAUUAAUGCUAGUUCUUCUGAAGAAUGGCAAAAUAAUGAAAGUAAAAAUACACUUGAAGGACCAUAUUCAAUUACUUAUUUUAAGGAUAAUUCUGUUAAUAAGGAGUCGAUAAGUGGUGAUAAUUAUGAUAAUGAUAAGUUACAUGAUUUGGAAAAAACUUACCAUAAAAUGCAAGUUGUGAAACCUUUUUCUUUCUUAAAAAGUGAACAUGCUGAUGAUGGUCCUAGCACUAGUGGUUCAUUGAAAAGAAAAUUAGAGGAAAAUAAUACAAUUAAUCCAAAACAGAAAAAAUGUAAAAAAAAAGAAAAAGACAAUGAUAAUAAAGAAACUUAUGAAGAUUGUCUGAUUAAUUCAAGUUCUAGUUUAAUGAAGAAUUCCAAUGGUGUUAAAAAUCGUUUGCUUGAUCAAAGCGUGCUAAGUGCCAUUUUUGAAAUAAAUUUGAGUUAUUUGACAAAUAAUGUAAAUCCGAAUUUACAAAUAGUAUAUAAUGAUUUAAAAAAUAAAUAUAAUUUAUUCAAAGAUACUAUUAAUGAAGCUAUUGGUAAAUUACAAAAUAUUUUAAAACAUAAUCUGCAGAAUAUUGAUGAAAAAGAUUUAUUGGCAAUCAAUUAUCAUUAUACUAAUUUCUUUAAUAGUGGAAAUAUAUCAUUAGAUACAAUUUAUGAAUUUAUAUCAUCAUUUAAGCAUGAAUUGAAUUAUGAACUUACUAACAAAGAACUAGAAGGUGCAAUAAAGAAUAUUUUAGAAUUUGUUAAUUAUUUAAAUCCUCAAUUUGAGUCGUUAAAGAAAACAAUUAAAUUUAUAUUAGAAACUAUGGGAAAUAUUACAUACACUAAUAUAUAUAAUAUUCCAAAAAUUUUUUCACAUAAUGUAAAUACAGCAAUUAUAUUGGAAUUAUUGGAUAUCAUGGAAUAUUAUAUAAAUUCCAUUGAAAAAUCAUUUAUAAAAGGAUCUAAAUAUUAUAACGAUAGAGUUCUAUCAAAAAGCCAAAAUCUGAUGCAUUCUAUUAGAAAAAAAAUUUUUAGACCUAUAAAAGCACAUACAAAGAAAUAUCUAGAAUAUUCUAGCUUAUUGAAUACAUCAAGUGAUAAGGAUAUAAUAGAAAUGAAAGAUCUUUUUUUUUUAUUAUAUAAAAAUAACAUGAAAUGUAAAGAAAAUAUAGGGUAUAUAUCAAAAUAUUCUACUAAUAGAGUAAUUAUAGAAGCAUUUAAUAAUAUUUUAUCAGCUGAGGGCAAUAUAAUUUCAGAAACUCAUAAUAAAGCUUGUGAAAUAUUUAUUUCAAAUGAAGAAAUAAAAACGAAAAUGAAUGAAGAUUUAUCUAAAAUUCAAAAAGACCAAAAUGAGUUAAACCGUUUAAUUUUAAUGUAUGAAAACUAUUUUGAAUUAAUAAGAGUCACAAAUAUUCAAAAUAAAUUUAAUUUAAUUAUGGAAACCCGUAAAUCAUUGAAACGUAUGAAUACAAAGAAAAGCAAAUAUUCUCUAUACAGAUCAAAUAAAAUUUCACCACGUUAUUUGCCACAUCUACUUUCAGAAGUAGAAACUAGAAAAAUACAAUUAGCAGAAAUUAAAUCAUAUAUAUUAAAUGGUUAUGAACUUGCUUUCAAAAAGCGAAAUAUAUUAGAAAUUAGUUAUUCAAUAUUAAAUUUACAUAAAAAAUUAAAUAAAAUGUCUUCAAUUGUUACUAUUUUAAGAGACUUGCAUCAUGAGAGGGCUAUAAAAACAUUUGAAGAUAAAAAAUCCAGUUUAGAUGAUAAUUUUAUAUUGGCAUUAUAUUAUACAAAUAAAAUAAUGGAUGAUUGCUAUAUAAAGUAA